AUGAAGGCAUACUGGUACGAUAAAUCCGACGCUGACCAGCGACUCCCCCAUGACUCCGGCCGUCCAGUCCCCGAGACUACACUCGAGAGCAUCGGCGUCCUCUACUCCCACCACCCACAGCUAUCUACUGUCGACGACCUAGCGAAAGAGCGCAACUACAAGAACAGAGACGAAAUCACGGUCUCGCCCCAGGCCAUGGGAGACGUCUACGAGUCGAAAGUGAAGAUGUUCUUCCACGAGCAUCUGCAUGAAGAUGAAGAGAUUAGAUACAUCAGAGAUGGCGCGGGAUACUUUGACGUUCGAUCGGAGGGUGAUGACUGGAUUCGGAUUCGGCUUGAGAAGGAUGAUUUGAUUAUUCUGCCUGCUGGGAUUUAUCAUCGCUUCACCACGGCUGAGGACAACUAUAUUAAGGCAAUGAGGUUGUUCAAGGAUGAGCCGAAGUGGACGCCACUUAAUAGGGGCGAGGAUACCGAUGCGAACCAGCACAGAGCGGCAUACUUGACGCAGAGAGGUAGCUAG